GAGAAGAUCCAACAGUCUUUCUUUCUCUCUUCCACUUAUCCUUCGUCUGAUAAACACAGGAAAAAAAAGACCAUUCCCCAAUUCUUUCAACAACUCGCCGGCGGCGGCGGCUAGUCCUCCCGGCCAACCCAAUGGCUCCGCAACCGCUGUCACAGAUCCUCCCCACCCUCAAUUACUGGCUCGUCGACCAUCCCCAGAUCCGCCACUUUACCUGGUCGCCCGGUCAAACCUUCGCCUCCACUCCCCAAUUCGCCGCCGCCGCCGUCCUCACCUACCUCUUCCUCACCCUCCUCCUCCGCCGCCUCCCCCUCCCCGUCCUCCCUCCUCCGAUCCUAAAACCCCUAACCGCCGCCCACAGCCUCGUCCUCUUCCUCCUCUCCGCCGGCAUGUCCGCCGGCACCCUCCUCUCCAUCUUCUCCCCCACCAACUCCCCUUCCCCUCGCCUCCGCCACGCCGUCUGCUUCCCCCCCGACACACCGCCGUCCGGCCCGCUCUUCUUCUGGGCCCAGAUCUUCUACCUCUCCAAAUACCUAGAAUUCGGGGACACGCUCCUCAUCAUCCUCAGCAAGUCGAACCAACGGCUCACGUUCCUCCACGUGUACCACCACGCCACCGUUGUCGUCAUGUGCUACCUCUGGCUCAGCACGGCCCAGUCGCUGUUCCCGGUGGCGCUCGUGACCAACGCGACGGUGCACGUGGUCAUGUACGGCUACUACUUCUGCACCGCGCUGGGGUCCCGGCCCCGGUGGAAGAGGCUGGUCACCGAUUUUCAGAUCGUGCAGUUCGUCUUCAGCUUUGGAAUCUCUGGAUUGAUGUUGUACUACCACUUCGCCGGCGGCGGGUGCUCCGGGAUGGCUGGUUGGUGCUUCAAUGCCGUUUUCAAUGCCUCGUUGCUUGCGCUUUUCGUUGAUUUCCACGGGAAGAGCUACGCUGCCGCGAAGAAGAGGAAGGCCGCGGCGGAGAAGAUUGGUUCCGGUUGCGAUAAAGUAAGGGAUAAGAAGAGGCAAUGAUUUUGUGAUCUUUUUUUCAAUAAGUGUGGGUUUUGUCGUGGUGCAUUGGGUAAGCAAUUUUCCGAUUAAGAAACGGCGAGUAAUACAAAUUGGAGGGAAAUUGGGUUAUGAAUAAUGAACCCCCUUCCUCAAAUUCACCAAAAAAAAUUGCGAAAAAUCUAUCAUUGUCUGCUGUUACAAUACCGCAUGUCAAAGGUUGUCAACCCGAGAGUCGACCCGCUUUGACCCUGAUCCGAUGAGAAAAACGGGCCGCACGCACCUGCCUGGUUGACCGCUAUAAGGUAUCGGGUUGAAGGUCAAAUUGUGUCAUUUUUUUCUUUGGUUUGCGAAAUGUGCCUAUUUUCCGAUUUUUCUUUUCGCUAAACUCAAUCUUUGGAAUCCUUAGUUGCACAUUUGAAUAUUGAUGUUAUAUAAGUGUGUGAAUUUUCACCAUAUGUUGGAUCUAGGUACGACAUGUUACUUUGGUGUAAUGUUAUAUGUUACUACUCAUAUGUUAGAUGAGAUUUGAUAUAAUUUAUCAGGAUAAGUACAAUAUAAUGACUCUUUUCAUAUUUUCGGGCUGAAACGAACUAAAACGGGUGACCCAUUAACCCUUGACCCACUAACUCGAACGAAUCCGGGUCAACCCGCGGGUUGAUAACCUUGCCGCCUGUCAUCACUACAAGUAGGGAUGGCAACAAAAUCCGAACACAUGGGUACCCACCCGACCCAACCCGGUCAACGCGGGUAAAACCCGUGUUGACGAGUUUUGGGCCGGGUUCGGGUUUAAACCCGCUACACUAUUCACCGGGUCGGUUGGGUUUGGAUUUAGGUAAACCCGCCCCAUGGGUACCCGCCCACACACAUAUAAUUACUUUCCCUGUAUAUUUAAUAUUCUAAAUAAUAUAUCUUCCUUAAACAACUAAUAUUCUUUAUGUUUUGUGGAGACAUUUAUAAUUUGUUCUUUCUAAUUGUUUAGAAUGAAGUUGAUAUUAUGAAGUGAAGAAUGAAGAAACUUAGUUGACGAGGAAGAAGCUUUUAAUUAAUCUUAUUGUUUAUAGAUGUUUAUCUUUAAUUUUGAACAAUUUGUAUUGAUCAUUUGCGGUUUGCUUGUAUGCUCUAGAUUGGUGUUUUUUUAUGAUUAAUUUGUAUGAGAAAAUUGAUGUUAAAACUUUUAUUUUGAAAGAAACUUGUUAUUGUAAAUUUUUUACUAGAAAAACCCACGGGUACCAAUGAACCCGCGGAUAUCCAGCGAGUUGGGUUGGGUUUGAGUUUUUCAAACCCAACGGGGUUUACCUCGAGUUUUUUUGAGGAUAAACCCAUGGGUUUGAGUUUGGGUUUGACAAAACCCGCCCCAACUCGACCCAUUGUCAUCCUUAACUACAAGGAAAGCCAACUAUGAAUCCAACAGUAUUGUUCUCCCUUGGACUCCCUUUUUAUAUACAAGUGCCAAUAUCAACUAAGCAUUCUGACUUCUGGGCUGGGCUUCAAAACUGGUUAUGAACGAUUAGCCUUGGCCCAUAUUAAGUGACCUAAGCCAUGGUGGUGACGACAAAUCUAUCCAGAGAAUAGAAUCCAUGUUUACUACCCUGGAAGAAGCCCAUGAUAUAUCUAACCUUUCAGUUUGGACUUUGGAGACCAGGGCGAAACCGUGCACUCCAGCCUAUCGAGCUGAUUCCACAUUAACCAUCCUAAGUUUGACCAAUACAAUUAGUUGAUUACU